UCUCUCUCUCUCACACACACACACAGACACACACACCACACUCUGCUGUGAGGAAUACUAAUCAACCUGUUUGCCUACAAGUACAGCAGCUCGGCGCGCAACUUAGGACUUCUCCAUUCUGUGUCUAGAAACGUCUCUGCUGGACUUAAUUUAAACCUCUACCUGCUGAAUUUUUUUUUAUUAGUGCAACCUUCUUUGAACGAACCGCGGCUGUUAUCACUCCUGUCUCUGUCUCCUCUGAUGUGCGACAGGCAGCCGGAGAGAGUGGAUCUGGGGACAGACAGGCUACUCCUGCGCCGCGUCUAGCAAGGGAAGUCCCCCACGCGUUGCGCGCCUGGAUCGCCGGUAUAAAUUCGCGUCUCGGAGUGCGUGUGCAUGUGCGCCAGGCUCUUGAUGUGUGUGUCCGCGCACGCCAAAGCCCCGGGCUCCGUCCUCAACAGUUGCUACCGGAGCGGCGGAGAGGAGAGGUGGAGAGCGAGAGAGAUAGCAGACUGAGGACGGACGGACGCGGAGCCCCACGCCGCUCUGCCCGGCUCUGCUCCUGACAUGCAGUCGCUCAUCUCUCCGGUGACCAAGGCCAUCCUAGUUGCACUCUUCAUCUUCGCCAUACUCCUCAUCCUCUAUGUGAUCCUUUGGUACAUUUGCAGAGACGUGGACUGCGAUCACGGCAUUUGAGGAUUCCGUUAAAACGGGAAUAACGGGAAUUUCACAAUGGGGCGCACAGAGGAGCCCGCAGAGCCCAGGGUCAUCCCGCACGUUGGCCGCCAAUCUCUACAUGCUGUCACAUGGCCCACAAAGCUAUUAAACAUGUGAGAGAAAAGGAGGGAGUCUGGUUGGUAGAUGCCCUCUUUGACCGGACUACAAAAUGAUUCCUGUCAGCCCAAAUAUUUAUAGAAAGGUACGACAAGGAAGGAAGCGAGGAUGGACGACUUCAUAUUGGAACCCGUCCCGUAGACGGAAGUGCUGCACUUUCCUCCGCCCUACGGAGCAGCUCCUCCUCUCCGCGCUGCUCGCUCCGUUACAGCACCGGGCAAGAGAUGUUGUCUGCCAUUUGGUCACACCUGCUACCGAUUGUCAAACUGUAUCUGCUCGGUUUGAAGGUUCUGCUGGUUCAGCUGUUCAGCAGACCUCUCGGGUUGCCAGUGAUGCCCAGACAAGAUGGAAAGGUUGCCAUAGUGACAGGAGGAGGCAGGGGAAUCGGCUAUGAGGUAGUCCGCCACAUGGCCAGACUGGGGGCACAUGUUAUCAUAGGUGGGAGGGAUGAACAGGAGGGUCUGGCAGCCGUCAGAAGGAUCUGUGAAGAGUACAAAGAGGCCAAAGUGGAGUUCAUGAAACUGGACCUAGCCUCUUUGCAGUCUGUCCGUCAAUUUGUCCGGAGCUUCAAGGAGCGGGACCUGCCGUUAAACAUUCUGGUCAAUAAUGCUGGUGUCAUGCUGGUUCCCGAUGGCCGUACUGAGGAUGGAUUUGAGCAGCACUUUGGUGUGAACUAUCUAGGCCACUUCCUGUUGACCUGGCUGCUACUGGACACACUGAAGGAUUCUGGGAAAUGUGGCUACUUCUCCCGUGUGGUCAACGUCUCCUCCUCUGCCCACCGCAUGGGCGAGAUCAGACUAAAUGACCUAAAUAGCAGCCAGUGUUAUUCAGCCCAUGCUGCUUAUUGUCACAGUAAGCUGGCCCAGCUGUUAUUUAGUUCCCACCUCCACCAGGAGUUGCAGCGUGGAGGUUUCCCACUGAGUUCAUGUGCUGUGGAUCCUGGCAUGGUGGAUACUGCGCUAUAUCGCCACCUCUGGACACCUCUCUGCCUGGCACAGAGCGCCAUUGCUCGCCUGCUUUUCAGGACUCCUGCAGAGGGUGCUGCCACCGUGCUAUACGCCGCUCUUUCACCAGCGCUGGAGGGGGAGUGUGGUGGAGGCUACUGGGCCAAUGGGCGCAGGGAGAUGACAACACCACCGACCUUUGAACCCCAGCUGCAGCUGAGCCUUUGGGAAACCAGCCUGGAGUUGCUGGGCCUGCACUAGCACGGGACUGAAGGGCGGCUAACUGGACUAAACCUCGAAGAAAAACACUUGGGCCAACCAGCCAUCUUCUCCCUCUCCCUUUUUUCUCAGUAUUUUUUCUCCGUCCAUACCUCGCAUGGAGGUGUUUCGUAGCGAUUUACGGUGACAAUCUCACAAUCUGCUGCUGGACUGUGAUUGGUUAGUUGGGGAGUGACUCAUUUUUUGUUCCAGACCCGCCAAAGAAGGGCUACAGGGGAUGGAAUUUUUUUUCACUUUGAGCGAGCAAACAUAUAGACACACAAACAAACUCUAGGGUUAUAUCGAUAUAUGAUUUCGCUGGCAUAGAUACUGCUGACAUUGGCCCAAAAUAUAUCGGUUGUCAUCUGACUCUGAUAUCAUGAAGUUUAUUCCCCAAUUAUAGCUAACCUCAGAUGUCGUUCCACAGUCUAGUGUUUAAAAAAAACCUGCAAUGACACCUGCCUCACUCUGCCUUAAUAUCAUUAGUUUGGCUUUCAAGUCCCUCAGUGAACUAAAUGCUGUUUCAGAGGCUUUUCCAUCCUAAAUAUAAAAAUUCAAGCAAACACUGAAAUGCUUUUUGGCCAUAGAAAUAUUUCAAAUCAAAAGCUGAAUUUUGGCGCAGUAUACUGGCUUCAAAAUCACAUGUCGGUCGAGCCUUAGCCUACACACACACACACACACACACACAUUUAUGCACCAUAACAAGGAUCUGAUUUUUUAAAUCUGAACCCACCUUGCGUUGGCAGGGGAAUGUGAUGUCAUCUGUGUGCUUUGACACGUCACAGUGAUUUUCUCAGAUCGUCUUGCCAUACCGCUCGCUUGACUGAGAGCACUUUGGUUUUUUUUUGGUACAUUCACAUGCUUUUACUGGUUACUAUACUGAAUCCUCAUGUUAACUGCUGGUAGCUGUAUGAUAAGCUGUGUUUUUCUGCUGUUCUCAUGACGAUGCUGGGAAAACAUGAUCAGCCCCUCUUUCCUCUCUCUCUCCACCGCUCAGCAGUCCCACAAAAGACGUUCCUUCGGACUGAUUGGGGGAUUCGGGAAGACUCUGAAAAAAGGAGAUCCCAUGUAAAAGUAGGCCUAAAUUUGGAAUAAUUACCCACAUAGACCCAAAAGGGAUGAUGUAUCUGGGUUUGUUCUGGGGAAUCUUCUUGCUGUUGUCAUUUUCCAAAGCCAGGAUUUCCAGACGUUUCUGUUUGCUUUUGUCUGCCCAGAAACAAAGAGGGAAGGAUGGGGAACCUUCACUCUGUCCCCGUUUUCCUUUGUGAUCUGUGUUAAUCGGUUUUACUGUGUCUGUGAUACACGUGUGUGUUUUAUGAGUUAAGAAUUAACUCAUGCUAUAGACCCAAUUCGUCUUGAUGGAUAGCACAACAAUGGCUGGUCCUGGAGGAACAGCAACGGGCAGAAGAGAGAGAGGGAAUGCACUUUUUUUUUUUCAGUAUUCAAGCUGUGAUUGGUUCCUCAUUGCUGCUGCUGCUGCUGCUUCCUCAUUUGGCGCAGCUCCCAGUGCAUUGUGGGAUUGAGAUUUCCCAGUGGUGAGAAUCAAACUCCAUCUGCUGAGCUGACACACACACACUCACUCAGACACAGUGGAAGCAGCACAUCCAGGCACAGGCUUAUCUAAACAAGCACACAGCAAACAAACACGUCUGUUACUCAUGCAGGAAAAUACUAACACACACACAGACACAGACACACAGACACACAGACACACACACACACACACACACACACACACACACACACACUGCGCCAUAAUGCCAUCUCCACUGUGAUAAACCAUUUUAGCUGUGAAGAUGACAAGUUUUAUCUCAAAUUAAAAACUUUUGGCUAAAAAUCCUUCCCCUCAUGCCAUUCCCAUGGCUGUAUGUGUAUAUCGUUGCUUUGAAUACUGUCUCUGAGCAUCCAGCAUUCAUUAUUAUCUGCCGUAUGUGAAGCAAUAGUAUCACUGUGGUAGCUAAUUCAGCCAGUAGCACAUAGCCAGACAUUCAGAAUAGGGAAAGAAAUUGUAUAAAUGAAUAAGAUACCAGCUUCAAGUUACCCAUAUAUCAGGAAUUCAGAACGUCUACAUGUGUAACAAACAUUUAAUGAAGACAUUGUUGGUGUGUGUUGUUUUGAGUGGUUAAAUUUAAAGUAGUUUUUUUUUUUUUUUUUUCAAAAAAUCCACAAUGCUUUCCAAGCAGUUUGGAGAUGUGUCCAAAUUCAGGGGCUGGAUCCUCUGAACGAUGCGGACCACAGUGAGUGAGGCUGAACCUGCUCCUCUCCUCUAAAUGGGACAGUGGUUUUACACUCAGAGAUAAACACUAAUGGGGUGUUCCUUGUCAAAUCGUAAAGUCGAUAAUGUCCAUGUCUAUUACAGGAUGUUGCCAUCAGACAGCCAACUAAAUUUGCAGUAUGAUGUUUAGUGUCAACCCACAAUGAACUCCAGGCAAAUAGUGGACCAGGUUAAUGGUAAAUGCAUCCAUAUUACUUCCAUUUAUUUGUAAUGCCCUGUGAAUAACAUGUCCAUGCUGCAAAUAGUGGAUUUCAUGCCUGGCUUCCAUUAUUUACAACCUCUUGUUGGUCUAGUCCAUGUGAUAUGAUUACCAGUGAUAGUCCACCUUAACACCAUUUACGAGUUGACAAAGACUGCCUGAAUGCUCUAAUGAACAGUCGAUCAGCACUUAAUAGAUGAAUUGAAUCUUGAGGGCCUGAUUUGUCCUACAGAUUUUUAGUCCAAAUGUUGGCCUUUAGUGGAGGAGCCUUUGAAAUGGGACUGGCCUUGUUGGCUCAUUGAUGAAAUGCAAACUCUGGAGGAUUGAUGUUUAGGCAAAUGCGGCAUUCAUGUCAUAUGGGAUGGCUGGAUGAAGAAGAGGAUUUCCAUGUUUACAACUUGUGAGCAUUCACAUCACCUGACAACUCAAGACAGUUUGUCCUAUUAAAUGACAACACGUAAUACUUUAUCCAUUUGGGUUUAAUUAACCUUGAAUGAAAGACUUUUGCUGACAUCCAUGUUUCUUUAACUUCAGUCGAACAUCUUAGUUUCUGAGUCAUAAUUACUGGAGUACUUGGAUGUUGAUGUGAACGACUUCUACAAGUUGGAACCAAGGUUAUUAUAGUUACUAAAACUAAACAAAAAACUUAAACCAGGUGUGAAAAAAAACAUUUUAGUUAACUUAAGCAAAAAAACUAAUACUACUAAUAGAACAAAGUGACCAAAAUGAAAACAAAAAACUUUUUUUUCAAACUAAUAAAAAAUACAAAACUAUAACUACUCUGGUUGUAACAUGAUAAUUACGAAUAACUUAGAAAUGACAUGAACGCAGCAUAACCUCCAGAAAAACACACCACAGCUUCACCGGAUUGGCUCCCAUUAGAGAGUUACUUGAAUCUGUCCAAUCUGGCCAGUUUUCACUAUUUGAAAUAGAAAACCUCCACCAGCAGGUUUACCUGGUUUGGAUAAGCCAGUCAGGGUUCGGUAUGUUGGGGACUUUGAUUCAGCUUUUAUUUAAUGAAAUAUCACAAUCCAGAACAUUGGUGUAUUAUUAGGAAGUUAAAUUCAUGUUUAAAAUUCUAAUUUAAAGCAUACACCUUAAAAGUUUGGGUGUUUAUUUUCUGGUGUAGCAGUUGUGUGACUCUAAAUGCCAGCAAUAUUCCUCAGUUUUUGAGAUCUCCUCUUCUACGUGUUGUCAAACUGCGUGGAAACAAAGUGUUUAUCGCCUCAGUGCUUCCUUGUUUGACCGUGUGGUUCCCCGAGGCUACUGUAAGGUACCGACCAAAUAACAGAAUAACAAACAACCCAACCUAGUCCUGAUUAAACAAUUGCGCUUGCUUUCCUUCACACGAAUGAAAACACCAGCUUACUACUCAGCAGCGCUCAUUUACAAAGUACAAGGCUACAGUACAGUGUGAGCUAAAUCCUGUCACAGUGCUAUUGUGUUUUUCACAGUCCGGCUGCUGCAGUAGAUGUAUUAAAACCUGAGGAGGAGAACGUCACUGACUGUCUUUCCUAUCUGAGCACAAGGUUUUCCAAAGACAAGGCGAGGAGGAGUGCGAGGGUCUGUCUUGGCAUUCCUGUUGUGUCGGUGUGCAGAAGAGGGCCGCUAAAUUAUCGAUGAAUUACUUGUUAUAUAUUUAGCGUACUCUUUAAGCGUGCUGCACAGACAGGACAACACAGUGAACUUUCUGAAGUUGAACUGCAAAUAUAGAAAAAGAGCAAAAAACGGCUCAAGUAAACCGUCUGUGAUAUUGUCUGUAUGUGAUUUACUCGUAUCUGAUUAUUUCAAUGCGUUGUCACCGCUGGACAAUGACCAGUGGAGCUGUAUGUAGACUGACAAUGUUCUAAUAGCCAUUCUUCUGUCUGACCUGGGAUUACAUUUAUAUUAAAUGUUUCAGUCCCAAGUUCUGCAAAUCCUAAAUGUGUAUAUGUAUAGGAAGAGAGAUAAUAUAAAGAUGUAUACAGGGAGUGACCGGAUGAACUGAGUGCUUAGUCUGCUAUUAGUCCAGUUAAGAGAAAACGCAUUUAUUGCUCCUUUCACCUUUUUUGCCUAUCCCCCUAUACCAUUUUCUCCUUUGGUGUGAGUGCAAUGUUUCACUCAAGUCCUUGCAGGGCUGCAAAUCGAGGAUGUUCCCACCUCAGAUCCAGUGUAAACAUUCAGUUCAUCUGGGGCCCUUGGGGGAUUUAUGAAGUGUGCAAAAUGUUUUAUUUUUAUCAUUUAUUUUGUUGUUGUUGAGAUACACAUGUUAUUGCUUUUGCCGUGCCUAUGAAGAAAAUCUCCCUCAUAUAUGUGUAACUGUGAAUUUUUCAUGUAGAAAUGAGCUUGUAGAAACUGUGAUUACCGUCUUGUCCUGUGCAUUGCCGUAAGUUUUUUCUCUCUUGGAAGUGAUGGGAGAGUGUGUGUGUGUGUGUGCGUGCGUAUGUGAGUGUGUGUGUGUCUGUCUAGAUAAGGGAGUUCAUGUCCAUGUUUUUUGUCAAUGGUUGUGACAUUCCAGCAGCAGCCACCACCUUUUCUAUUAUCCAAAGCUUCUAAAUAAACAUAUCAUUGUGCCA